GGAGUAUUGCAAGGACAAGGCGGAAGGAUAUUUUUAUGGCCAACAUGUUUGUCUUUAUCAUCAUUAUUUUAAUUGUGAAUGCCUGCAUAGCUGGUACAAUACCUGCUACACCGGAAAAUAUAACGGUAACUUUUUUAACACCAACAACGGUGCGGGUCUCCUGGCAGACAAUGAUCGAUUUGAAUGCACAUCCUGUAGAGAAAUACAUUGUUACGUAUAAGCCCACAGAUGACAGUUACAGGGUUAUGCAGGAUGUGGCUGGCAACAGUGAGGCCAUCAUACUGGAUCGUCUGACGCCCGGGACACAAUAUUCGAUUGUUGUAUCAGCUGUCUGGCUGGGCAAGAAAUAUCGCAGCCGUCAAGUUAUAUUUAGAACAUUAGGCAAGCUUAUGUAUGCGAACAGAGCCAGCGGAAUAUGGUUAUAUGUAUAUUUACCACCCAAACCCUAUGCCCAGCAAGACAGCGGUGGUGGCGAUAUCGGUUCAGGGGGUAUUGUCGGUUCAUCAAACUCAAUAGGUGGCAGCAGUGUUAAUCGUGGCAGCAGUAAUGGCAAUGGCAGCGGUAGUGCCUACAACGAGGAUGGGGUCACAUCGACUGCCACGAAUUCAUUAUCACAUGGCACACACAGGGAAUUGCCAACGAUACGAGGUGUUGAAAUUGGCAUUGUCCUCAUCGUAUUGAUGGUGUGGGCCGGAGCGAUAGCCUUAUUCUUUAAUCGUUGGGGCAAAAUACGUAUGCUCCUACCCUAUCAGCCGGACUACAAACAUGAACAGCUCAAGGUUCCGGGAACUGGUGUCUGCAGUGGAGGUGUUUGCAAUGGCCAACAUUCACAUCAGAACUUACAUCACGAUUUGUUCGUUAAGUGUUUGCCUCGCUGUGAGGGUUGUGGCAUUUUUGAUCGCUGUUUUCAGUAUCCCCGACGUGAGUUGGAACGUGACUGUGGCUGCCAAUUUGCCCUGCUGCACAAGGUGGCCGAUGGCUAUCGGCGUGUCGCCAGUGUCGACAGUCAAGCCAUGGCCGUCAGUUCGUACAGUCCCCAGGAGCCGGAGACCGAGGAUGACCGCGAAGGCGGUGUGGGAGCCACCUCCACAGCUGCCUCGGAUAGGGAGGGUGAAGACAAUCGUUUGUUGGAACGUGAACCACGUCAUCGCAGCAUGCCGACGAUGAAUCAGAGUAGACAAGCCAAAGCUGGUGGGGACUAUCAUCAUCACUAUCAUCGUUUGCGCCAAAAGAAAUUUGCCACACAGCGUAGCAUCCUUAAGAAUUCCCAGGAUAAUACGACCACACCCAAUGAAGACCAGGAACUAUUAGAGGCCAAAAAACAAUUGAUUUUACGUAAGCGUAGACUCUUUAGCCACUACCGCCAAUACGAACAGUGGCGCAGACGUCAGUUCAGCUACGAUCCCUGCUAUAUGCGGGUGCUGCCGCCACCGUCGCCCAUCUGUACGAUCGAUUACAAUACACACACAACGAAUGCCAAUGCAUUUCGUCGUCGCCGUCAGUACCGACGUCAGUAUUCAUGUGCCGAACGUUCACGCGAAGAUUCACGUGACAGUCGUGACUCAUCGCAUCAUGCCAAAUAUCAUAGUAUGGCGGCGAGUGAUACCAUACGAACAACGAAUACAAGUACUCUCAAUUUAGCAACGAAUCCAUCGACAUUGGAUCGUUUCAGUGAGGAACAUUCGGCCUCCAUAUCAGAGCGCAUAACACGUAGCCGCAUCAAUUCCGCCAUAUUUGUAUCCUCCGAAGGUCGUGGAUUUGAUUCCAUUGAAUUCCUGCGUCGUCAUGGAUCACAGAGUGUCCUGUGCCGCAAAGCGAAAAGUGCCGAAAAUAUAACAGACAAUGGCAGAAAGAAAAGUUUUGCCGAAAACCGACAAUGGCACACCGAUGACAACAACGAUGCUCAAAAUGAUAACGGCAUCGAAAUGCACGAUUGCUCAAGAAGUGUGGAAAAUCAUCCGGUAGUUGCGCUCAAAAACAAUGUGGAGAAAUUGCUGGCAGCGACCAGUGUGCUCAAUCAUUCGGCAACGGUCACCACAUCAAAUAAAGUGGUCGGUAGUAUAUCGAUAGAAACACCUCCGUCGCAUAUACGAGAAGCCGAACAACAGCAGCAUGUUAUUAUACCCGCACCUCCAACAGCAGCAGCACAACCACCACCUCCUCUAAGUGCAGCCAAUACCCUAUCAUUCAAUUCAGCUUCCCAUGAUUCAGCCGAUACAGUCGAAGAAUUGGUUUCAAUACCCAUAGAUCCAAUGCCAGGUCAUACGGUGCAGGUGACGGUACCAGUACCGGUAACAAUACCAAUACCACCGGCCCCGGCACCAUUGCCAGCACCACCCACAGCCAUUAUCGUCCACAAUAACAACGGCAGCAUCAGCAACAACAAUUCAACAGUGGUAAGUAGGCCACGUGUCCUGGUUCGUCAACGUUCUUCAACCGCCUCGCCGGUACUCUCAUCCACCCACAGUAGUCCUAAGGCAUUAAAAAUGAAGAGUAUAACACCAAAAUUAAAUAAUUUACCCAUGGUUUCCGUGUCGGGUCCAUCGCCAUCCGAUGAAAAGCCACCGCCCAGUGAUUGUUUGUAA